GAAGCAAUGGCAGUCACCAAGGAGGAGAAGCUCCAGGGAGGCAGGAGGGCGUCGGGGGUCACGACCCCGCCGGAAGGUGGCUGGGGCUGGAUGAUCGUUGCUGGCUGUUUCCUCGCCACCAUCUGCAUCCGGGCAGUGACCAGAUGUGUUUCUAUGUUCUUCGUGGAGUUCCAGCUGCACUUUGAGAAGGAUUAUUCCACCACCGCCUGGAUCCACAGUCUGAUCGACUCCACCACCAUGCUCUGUGCUCCUCUGGGUGGUUUCCUUGGGAACCGUCUCUCCUGCAGAGCUACAGUGAUCCUGGGAGGUCUGCUGUCGUCUGCUGGUCUGGUCCUCAGUUCCUUCGCUUCCAGUCUGGAAUAUCUGUACAUCUCCCUGGGCGUCCUCACAGGUCUUGGCUUUGCACUCAGCUACACACCAGUUGUAGCGAUGGUUGGGAGUUACUUCCAUGAGAGGAAAGCUCUGGCCUAUGGCAUCGCCAUGUCUGGAAGUAGCAUUGGGACCUUCAUCCUGGCUCCUGUAGUCCAACUGCUCAUCGAGUAUUACUCCUGGAGAGGAGCUCUGCUCAUCCUGGGAGGAUUUGUUUCCAACCUGUGUGUCUGUGGUGCUCUGAUGAGGCCGCUGGAACCCAGAAGAAGUGAAAGGACCUGGAAGAACAAUAUGGCAAACCUGGAGGAAGACUGCGUUCCAACAGCGCUGGUUUCCAAAGACACUGAACAAGUUCCUUUUAAUUGCAGCCAAGUGGAGCCAAAGCAGCUGGAGAUCAGCAGCCUCAUGGAUACCCAAAGGCUACUCAUAGCCAAUGGAGCCCUCAAAAACUUUGGAUUUAGAAACCACAAACUAGUUCAGGGGAACAUGGCGCUGCUAUCAAGGUUGAACCCGCCUGAUCCAAAUUUAAAAGAUCUAAAGGUAGCUGAAUGCAUUUUAUUUAGCAACAAGCUAACAGAGACAAUGCUAGGGGACAUCAAACUCUCAGAUCCUACACUAGCAAACGGUAGCACAAUUGAGGACUUGGAAUUGGUGGAAAGCAGGAACUUGAUCAACAAGACAGAUGUCAUGGAUGCUAAGAUAGAAGACUCGGGUCCCACUGAAGCCAAACCAACAGAUGCCUAUCGCUCACAUGCAGAGCCUUUAGUGAGCACAAACACCUCGCCCGGAGGUCUCUGUUUUCGUCUCAGGUCCAGGGAGGAGUUUGGAUUUCUCCUGACGCCGGACUUCAUGUUGCUGUCUUUGUCCUUCCUGUUUCUUGCUUAUGGCUGCAGCGCUCCAGUAGUUUAUCUGGUCCCUUACGCCCUCAGCAUGGGGCUGGAGCACAAGCAGGGUGCCUUCCUCAUGUCCAUGUUCGGUGUCAGCGGCAUUAUGGGUAACCUCACCUUUGGAUGGAUCACGGAUAAGAAGUGUCUGAAGAGGUAUCGCAUGCUGAGCUACAUGCUGGUGAUAGUCAUGGAGGGCCUCUGCUGUAUGUUCAUCCACCUCCUUCACUCCUUCUCCCUCCUGGUCCCAUUUUCCGUCCUCUACGGGUACUUUGACGGGGCAUAUGUGGCGCUCAUCCCAGUGGUGACGUCUGAUGUCGUGGGCCCCACCUACCUGACCUCCGCUCUGGGUGUGGUCUUCUUCUUGCAUGCCAUCCCCUACCUGAUAAGCCCACCAAUAGGAGGUUGGUUAGUAGACAGGACGGGGAACUACGCAGCGACCUUCUUUCUCAGCGGGGCGUCCUUCAUGUUCAGCUCUCUUGUUCUAGCAGCUGCCAUGUUGGUCAGACACUGCCAGAGGUCCAGGUCUAACUCUGCUGCACACGUAGGUCCCAAUCCCACUGCUGCUGCAGCUCAGCAGAGCAUCGUAUGACAAUGACAAUCAAGAUGCUGCUCCUCCAUUUGCUUGGAUGUUCACCUCAUACCUGCCGGUAUGUUCAGGUGCAUCAUCAGGCUGAUGUGUUCGGGACACAAGACCUCAACCGCUGUUAGAAUUUUUAAAGAGACAAUGUUGUAAUUUUGAGAUUACACAGAUUAUGUUGUACUGACAUAUUCUUUCAAUAAGAGUUUUCUGUUUGUCUUUUAAUGUGGAUCUUUUGUUUUGUAAAACCGAAGGGCAUCCGUACUUCAUGGUAGCU